AUGCCAGAUAGACGAGAGAUCAAUCUUAGAAUAUUGUAUCACGGUUAUUGGGGCACCGUGCUGAGAGACGUGCCUUUCAGCGCGAUACAACUUCCGAUCUGGGAAUGUUUCAAGAAAGUUUGGAAAUCGCACGUCGACAGAGAGACUCGUCCAAUAGAAAGUGCAACGUGCGGAGCAAUCGCAGGUAGUAUCUCCGCUACUCUUACCACGCCGCUGGACGUUGCAAAAACAAGAAUAAUGCUUUCGCACAGAAACGAGAGUGCUUCGAAGUUGAAGGUGCCGUACGUGUUGAAAGACGUGUACAGGGACAAAGGUUUUCGCGGACUUUUCGCCGGUGUGGGCCCCAGAGUAACGUGGAUAACAGUCGGAGGGUUCAUCUUCUUUGGAACUUACGAAGGAGUAAAGGCCGUAGGAACCAAGUACCGUUUAUCUCCAUAG